CAAUAUAAUACUUUCCUAUAUAAACCAAUUCAUUUCUCCAAAGAUUCAACAAUUUACCUAAAGCUUCAGUUUGAAUAUAAAGAAAAUGCUGAGAGUAGCUCAUAUAUUUUUUGUUUGCUUUGUCUUAACAAGUUAUCAGACAUUUGCAACUGAUCCAAUUGUGGAAACUAAUGCUGAUCCUAUUGUUGUCAAUGAUGUGGCAUUCAUGAAACUAGGGACAUACAGAGGGUUCACAGACGAUGGAACUGAAUAUCAAAAAUCAUUCUUUGUUCAAAGAUAUUCAACUGCACCUUGGGCUGAGUCAAAAGCAAUAUGCAAAGCAUUUGACAUGGAUUUAUUUUCUUUUGAGACUCUCGCCGAGUCACGUGCAUUCCUUAACAUGAUUGACACUAACAGUGUCUUAAUAAAGACUUAUCCUUUAUGGAUUUGGUUAGACGGAAUAGCCUUAACUGGCAAGUCAAAAACAGAUUGGUAUUGGUCCAAAUCAGGGAAGAAAGUAACAUUUCCAAUGGACUGGUAUGUUAAUUCACCAGGUAGCAUAGAUCAAUUUUGUUUGUGUAUUGGAAGACAAACUUUAACGACAACAAGUGGAUUUAAUGACUGUUAUUGUUAUGAUGCUUAUAAGAUUGCUUGUCAAAGAAUCGAAUUUUUCUUAUCAUCGAUGGAUAAAAACUUAAAUUAAUUUUUAAAAUUUACAUUUUUGUAUUUCUAUUAACUGCAAAUAACUGCUGAAACUUAUUUACAAAAUAAAUUAUUAUUAAGUUUUAAUUAAAAUUAAGUAACAAAUUAUUAGUUUUCAUUAUACUUUCUUAAAUCUAUUUUUUGCUGUGAUAAUGAGUUGUCAACGCCUUCAAGUAUUUAAAUAGUUUCCUCAAUCUUUAAAGGUAUUGAAAAUUCAAUUUUUUGGCACAAAAAUGUGUAUGCAGUUGAUGUACAUGGCACAUCAUUAAA